AUGACGUCUCUCGCUGAAAUUGUCGCCACCAACCUCGUGCACUACAACUUGUGGACCGCCGUGGAGGAUGUUGUCCUAUCCAGCCGAACCGUAUUGUGCGGCGCUCCUCCUCCCACUUCAGUAAUAGCCACGGAUUCCUCCACCGUGUUGAGUGACCAGGAAUACGUCUUGCCCUUGCUUGUGAGUGAAAAGUUAACCUUGGCGACCCUUGAUGGGAUCUUUCGCGAAAUUGCCGAGCGGAGGGCGGGGGUGCGGCCGGAGAAGGUGAUCGGCGGGAUCCUCAACACCGACGGUACCGUCGUGUAUUACUUCAUCUGGGAUGGAGUUGCCAAGCCGAGAAAGAAUUAA